UCAAUGACAUUAUUCAAAAUUGAAUUCACGUAUUGUGGCAUAAGGGUGACGUCAUUUUAUUUGGGUGUGGCUGCGAGCUGCGGUUCAUUCCCAAAAUAAUACGAAGGUCAGGCAGCCGGUGUCUGUGUACACUCUGUGGUUAUAAGGUUAUGAAUCACAACUCGGAAAGUGUUUUUCAACUACGUACUACGUAGCAGUGAAAAUAUUUUGUAUUUUAAUUAAUCGUGGGUAAUCUUGCCACUACUUGUUUUUAUCAGCAUUUACUAGUCAAAUGACAGGAAAUACCUGAACCAAUACGUAGUUAGAGAUGGCUCCAUAUUCAUCAGUCACGUUGUUGGGAGACACUCUAGGCCAACGGCACCGACACCUCAACUCGUUGGUGCGCGCGGCUGGAGAGAGUGGAACCACGGUCCAAGAUGUGGAAGCAGAACCCGAGCAGUCUGCAGUCGACCGACUGUUCAAGAUAGACCUGGCCGUGUCACUUAGAGACGCAGACUACAUCCUACGGAACCUGAAACAUGAUGACAUGCUAUUUGUGAGCAGAGCUCUAAAGGCCCGGUGGCUGCUAGACCGCCACGACAUCAUUAACCCUAAAUAUUUAGAAAACACUCUCUUCCCUGAAAUGAUUUUCCCAGCAGUCUCCAAGAUGAAGCACUGGCUGCACAUCAACCUGCGAGAUCCCGCCAAGUGCCAGGAGUUCUAUGAGUACUACAAACAGAACUCGUUUGAGUUCGCCAUAAAGUUCCUCAGCCACUGCAGUAAUCAUUUCAUACUGGAAGAGGUGCCCAAGAUAUUGACCAAACUGUCGCCUCACUAUGUAAAAGUUUUAUGUGAGAAAUGCCCCACAGUCGCCAAAAUAUAUUUUGAUUCGUUGGCGACACAAGACGACGUAAAAAACCGCUACCUCAAACAAGAACAGUCAUACUACAACAGUAUCAAAUGCGUAUUGAAAUCAGAUGCUGAUGUGUUUCUCGAUAACACGGAGAAGUAUUUCAGUUUAGAUAAGUUUAAGAGAUUCAGUCCACUGGCGACUGAGUACAUUGUGCAGAGACAUAGAUCUAGAGUCAUAAAUAAGUUGGGGCUGUACGUGGCCUACAUUUUACACAUCCCGACCCUUGCUGCGCGACUCAGUGUCGACGAGUGCCAAGAAGUUGUGUUGCAGCUUGCGAGAGCCAGCUACUUAAAGCACUGGUUCCAGUACAAAGCGGUAGAACCGCUCAUUAAGAGACUUCAUCCUCAAAAGAGAGCUGCUUUCAAGAAACGUGUAUUUGUUGAUAAAGAUAUCGGUGAAUUGGUCGAGAAAUGGCCAUACGAGACCCCCUCCUCACCAGCGGCAGAGCUGGACUCUGAUUCACAUGUUUUUGACGAUGCAGAGCUUGAGUGUGUUUCCAUGCUUGAUUGCGAACCUCUAUGCGGAUUUGGUGGGAGCCGAAUCUUGAAGCGUUCGCUACGAAAUGCUGCAUAUGCCGAAUGCCUAAUGCAAUGCGAUGCUGAAUAUGAUGAUUGUAUGGCAGUAAAACUGAAAACCGACUUGGAUAGGUUGUUUGAUGAGUUUCGUUUCAUUGGAUUUGAUCAUGCACUGCAAGACCUAAGUCAUCGAGUGGGGUCUACAGGAUCAACAGACAGGCGACGUGAUAUUUUUUUGGUUUUGGUAAGCAAAACCGGCGGCCGCAUUGAAACAGUGACAGCUUUGCUGCGGCUUGCCGUACGGCACAGUAACGAGCCUGCCCAUACUCGUGCCUCUGUAAUCCGUAGUCUUGUGAAGCGAGCUGCUGUGUGGCGACUCCCUGCUGAUGUUUGGCAACUUUUGUUGGACUUUAGCCACGGGCUGGGGCUCGAUGGUUCGGCCCCUGAGGCGCCGUGUCGUGAGGGGCUGCAUGCUGUUGUAAUUCGCCAGCUGUUAGCUGGCCAGUGUGAACCGCGAAUUCGAGAUGCUUUUCUAAAAGACUUUUCAACUCUGGCAGAGUAUCCCUUGAAACCGAAUGAACGGAAGUGCGUUGCUGAUAAUCUCCAAAAUAUGUUGGCGUCGGCUGCUGUUGAUGUGGAGCCCAAGGUUGCCGCGGACCGCCUGGAUAAAUUACUGGAUGUACUAAAAGUAUUUCGCAUUCGUGUAGAGGCGUCUUCACUAGCUGUGAAAACUGUAACCGCUUUAGCUCUCCAAGAUAAGGAGGUCGCGCGUCCUUUAUUGGAGCGACUUUAUAACGCAAAGAUAGCACGGCGCGACCUCUUGCGCCUCAAUAUGAUGUUCCGGCGAGAUGAAGAAGCGCUGCUGAAUGCUCUCCGUCAUGAUCCAGUCGCGCUUGAGGUCACACAAGUUGUUGAUAUUUUGACUACUCGCAAAAGACACUUUGAUAUCUUUACUGCAAAACUAGUUGUGUACUUUGAUCAAAAGCAAGAUUUCACGACUCAACUCAGAAGUGCAUUAAAGGAGCAGAUUUCAAAGCCACUUGACACAAAAUAUACGUAUGUCAAAUUAGCCCGACCAUUGGCAAGUAUUUUGGGUCAGGAGUUGAAAACAGAAUUGAAUAAGUUAGAUCAAACGGGUACUGAACAACAUGUGAAGUUAAAGGCUCAGCUAAGAGCUUGCGCACAUCGCGCCCGGCCUAUCUUUAAUUUAGCAGAGUGGGGCUGGAGUAAAGCUGGCGUCAAGGCAGUGGCAACGCAUGUGAUGCGUUGUCGUGAAACAGAAAGAGCUGAGUUUAUCCGCACAUUAGCGGCGGAGCGGCGCACGGUUCGGGUGGCCCUAGCACUCAGUUUGCGCUCCGCGAGUGGACCAGUGCUUGAUACCUUCACAUCGUUAGCAAAGCUACGUCCCGCGGCAGCUCUGCGGGCUGCGUUGCAGUACUUCCGUCGACGAGGCGCCAGUGCCGAGCUAGGUGUAUGGGACAUUAUUAAACCUUUACUAUCCACGGUAGACCUAAAAUGCCGUAAACGUCUUCGUCGAUUACUCGCAAACACCGAUUGGAUACCGAAUCCCAUAAAACCUGCAUACAUCACUGAACUUUAUUCGGCUGUGCAUAAAAUCUCUCGUUCCCGUGCUGAUAGCUUACUCCAGGACCUUAGUAAAAUCCUUCCCGAAUGUGACGAAUCUAUUGAAAAUGUCUUACUUCAAAUGUUUGAUAACACAGAAAAGAAACAGAAUCUUUCUACUGCUUGUUAUGAUUCUGAUUUAGAUUUAGAUUCUGGUAACACUGAUAUUGGCAAUCCUGCUAUUCUCUACCCAGCUAUUUAUAUCAGAUACUUGAUGUUGUCUAAAAGCAAUGAAGACUUUGAAAGAAGGUUUUCAAAAAUUGGGAUUCGUUUCAUAAAACAAUUAGAAAUAUUGCGCUCUAAAAAGGACGAGAAAUUCAAGACUAGUCUGGAUCAGGUUUUAGAGAGUUUACGAUACAAUGCAGCUUUUUUUGAUAUUAAAAAUUCAUCGUGUUUGUUAGUGAUCGAAAAGAUUUUGGACUGGUUGCAGAAGCUUUUGCCAAAAGAAAAAUACUUCCAAAUUUAUGUGCAGAUACAUCUGACUAUGUUAUACUUCAAAGCAGUUAGGCAGAGCAUGAAGCAGAUGCCAGAAGUGUUCGCUGACCCAAAGAGGAAGAGGACGGAAGGCGUGGAGGCUGUGGGCUUUGUGUUCGGGAGGUACAUAGCGAAGGAGGUUUCUGAACUGGUCACUACGUACUUCGACUCUAUAAUAGAACUUUACACAAAGGCUCUCAUUGGUUAUUUAGAAAAUAUGAGGUAUGGAGCUUCCAGAGAAAAGUUUAUUGGAAAUGCUCUGAAGGGUUUCCUUGCGGAUGGAGUUGGCAUCCAGCGUCGAUUGGCUGUUUACGCAUACAGAAGGUUUCGGUAUGAUGUCUCCAAAGAUAUGGUGAAUGAAAUAGAAGAACAACUGAGUAAAGACAAAGUCAUUGAGAUAUUUGUACACGCUGAGAUUUAUAGCUAGGUUUGUUAGUCAAGCCUGCACUAAUCAUUGCAAUUUAACUUCAAUAAUUCAUUUUAUUUGUUAAUCACUUCAAGUAAGUAUUAAUCCUGUCGCGCGAUAUACGCGAGGCAGAAUGUGUUGUCUAUCGAGUCUCAUAUAUAGACGGACAAGAGGUUAAUAUCAUCAAUCUAAACGAACUUUACAUAGCCGCGGAAGGCAUAACGUGUUGCCGCGGCUCCGGCUCCAAGAGCUGGAGUAGGUACGGGUAGUUUUUAGUCAGUAAGAGCAUUACACUUCAUCUCGCCUAAACUAGGCGGAAGAAGUCAUUGGAUGAUCCCCCUUCAAAAAAGGCAACUUCACAUUCCCGUCCAGCACAAUGAACAAUGCAUUUUGUUGUAACUUGAUCAAAUUAAGACUCAUGUAAUACUACUUAUUAGUGUAGUACGCUCCUAUGUUUAACCAAUUUAAUUUUUAAUACAUAAGUAUUCUAAAACUGGUAUUAUACUAAUCUAAUUUACACUUGUAUCAAAGUGGGAUAUGGGGCGUAUUGUCGUCACAAAUACGAAGUUAUAUAAAACAUUUACUAUUUUGUUACUAUUAUAUUAAUUUGCCAUCAUUGUGUAAUCAUGCACAUUUUCUUGAUAUUAAUGCACUAGAUUAGCGUUAUAAUACGAUAUUAUUUACACUCCAAAUGUACGUAUAACAUAUUAAUGUAAGUACUUUUAAACUUAUUUUAAAUAAUUAAUAAAAAAGGGUAAAAAUAACCAAAAAGUCAAAAUAUUGUUUUCAGUGUCGUUAACGUAGGUACUGUCAAAUAAGUUGAUUUUGGCGCGACCAUCGUAUUUUAUGUUUAAACCAUGGGCGCGACAAUAAUUGCUCAUGUAGCCAUAUGUGAAAAAGAAUACAGAAUUCAAGCCACAAUAAACUUGGAAAAGAAAGAUCUGAAAAAAAAAA